AUGGACUCUAAUCUGUUAAUUAUAAAGAUUCAAAAGAAAACACUUCCAUCAGGCCCUGUUGCUUAUGAAUGUCACACUUGUGGUGAAGAAUUUGAUUCUAAAAGUAAACUUCACAUUCAUUUAAAACAAAGUGGGCAUGCGAUAAUUAAAAGUGUUAUUAAUCCUCCAGUAAAUAGUGGAACAAAUAAAAAAGCAGAAAUGAAAAAAUCCAAGAAAAAGUGAUAAUUUAAUUAGAUUUACUUGUCUUUUUUCCCCAUUUACUAUUUUAUUUUUUGUGGGCUUUUCUCUGUAUAUUAGG